AUGGCCAAGCGCACCGGCCUUGCUCAUGCAGCAACGCUGCUCUCGCUGCUGCUUCUCAUGUGCUUUGUCAUCCAUGUGCAUUGCCGAAUCAUGGAAGACAAAGUCAGCAAGAAGAUUCAUAUACCACAUGGAUUAUGCGUGCAUAGGGGCUGGAAUUGCCGCACUGCAUUCCAUUGCGAGUGUUGUUUACUAAGCAACAUCUGCUAUACUACAAUGGACUUAUGCGUGGAAGGGUGCAAAUAG